GUUGUUAAAAGAGGAGGUGGCUGUAUUAAAGAGGCGCCUCUCUAGGUUCGAAAAUUAUGGUUUUGAUGGUGGACUAGGUAUUGCAUCUUCGGAUGUACAACUUACCGACAAGAUGCCCGAUAAUAAAACCGCAAAUCCGUGUUGUAAUGUGGUUAACGCGAUAUAUUCUGUUCCAAACAUGAUUGAAGAUAGUCAAAUAUAUCAUGGUGCUGAUGAGAAAGAUAAUAGUACACAUAGAGAUGUUAUCAUUAAUAGCUGUCCUAACGAAAGAAUAUAUUUACAAGAUUAUUCACUUUCGAUCAAUAAUGAUAGCUCAUCUUUUACACAAAAACCUUAUCCCCCGUUGUCAAAUGACAAUUUAUCUUCAUUCAUGCAAGACUAUGACGAACAAUCGAAUUCAAGGAACAGACCUCGUUCUCCUACUCAUUCUUCAACAUCAAUCGAUUCUGUUAAUGGAAUCGUGAGUGAUUCUUCAAUUUUCAGUAAAGGUUCCCUUUGCUUUUGCGAUGACUCGGAAAUAAGUGGACAAUCUCGAAUAUCACCUGGCAAUAAUUCCAUUGCAACUAUGCGUACAAGCCAGGAGUUUGCCACUACGACACGUCAAACCUUACCAACACCCGAUGAGCCUCAAUGGCAUGAACAAUAUUUUACACAAACGACCUUGACACCCAUGUCUUCCUCAUUGAGUUCUUUCUCUUUAAUGGAUAGUGAAAGAGGGCCAAGGUUGUUCCGCUAA